AUGGAAGAUCCGGAGGAUGCCAGCGAUGACGCCAGCGCAACCGACGGCUACCUAGAGGAGGAAGAUGAUGAGGGCGAGGAAGAAGAGGAGGUCAUUGAGGCCCGCGCGAGGCAGCAGAAAACCGCAGCGAAAACCAAGGACAGCGACAAGACGAAACUGCGUAAACAGUCCGAUGCGCAGCUUCAAGAUGGAGCUUACACAGCGGAGACCUUCAAGUCCAAUGUUUUCAAGCUUCAGGUCGACGAGCUUCUUGAUCAGGUCAAGCUCAAGUACGGCAAGAAAGAAGCUCCGGCUGAGAAUGCCAUGCGAACGCUGAAGAGUAUGAUCGAGCAGAUUCCAAGCCGGGAACCACAACUUCUCGCAGAAGCAGAGAAGAGCCUCAAGUUAUCCAACGUGGCGAUACCGUUCCCAGACCCACAUCCGCCGACCGAUGCGAAAUACAAGUUCCAAUAUGAACGACCCGCGAGCAUAAACGCCGCUGGCAGCUAUCCGCUCAAGACUGCUACACGGGCAGAGGAUGGUAUGGGAAUCGACCUCGUCGUGACUAUGCCGAAGGUCAUUUUCCAGGAGAAGGACUACCUCAACUACCGAUACUUCUACAAGCGCGCAUUCUACCUGGCAUGUUUGGCAGCCGGCAUAAAGAAGUCGAAGGAGCACAAGUUUAAGUUGUCAUUCGACUGCUUGAAUGGGAACCAGCUCCAGCCUAUACUUGUGGUUCAGCCGAACGGCAGCGGUAACAAUGACGACUUUUCAAGCUCGAAAUGCCGCAUCAAUAUCCUCCUUGCAGCGCCUGAAGGUGUCUUCAUAGAUGCGAAGCUGCUUCCGAAGGCCAAUUGCAUACGACCGAAAGGCGACGACACCGAGACCGAUCACAAGACUUUCACUCCGACCCCAUUUUACAAUAGCAGCCUGCGGUCCGAUAUAACCAUCACUCCUUACCUCAAACUACUCCACUCGAGCGCUGCAAAUUGUGAUGCAUUCAAGGAUGCAUGCGUAUUAGGAAGAGUAUGGCUGAAGCAGCGAGGAUUCGGAAGUUCACUUCGUAAAGGAGGGUUUGGCAACUUCGAGUGGGCAGCUCUCAUGGCUUUGCUGUUGCAGUCGAAUUCUGGAGCUGGUGCUCCUCCUCUUUCCAGUGGCUACAGUAGCUAUCAGCUCUUCAAAGCCACGCUUCAGUUCCUAGCACGGCACGACCUCUCCAAGAAACCCUACUCGAUCCAGGCGCGUGACAUUACUUUCCCAAAAAAUGGACUCGCUCCGGUACUCUUUGACGGCGCACGGGGUUUGAAUAUACUGUUCAAGAUGACGCCCUGGUCUUUUGCGCAGCUACAGUUGGAGGCAAAGAUUACGGUCGAGACCUUGGGAGAUGCGCUGUUCGACCAGUUUGAUUCCACUUUCAUUCUGCGCACAGAUCUGCAGAAGUAUCGCUAUGACGCAAUUCUGAGCUUGCCCUUGGGUGCACUUGGACUUGACCCGACCCAGGGAGACUAUGAAGAGCAACUGGCAGGAAAGUGCCAGAAGAUUCAUAGUGCUUUGGUCCGGGCACUCAGCGACCGAGUCACGUCUGUGAACCUGUCACUUUGCAGUAAGCAGAGUUGGAAACUCUCAUCGAGCAGAUCCAAUGACGAUGUACACGACCAUCUUGUAGUCAAUAUCGCGACCGAUCCUGCCAAUGCUAACCGGACAGUUGACCAUGGACCGUCUGCCGAAAACAAGCAAGAGGCGGCGUCCUUCCGCAAGUUCUGGGGCGAGAAGUCUGAACUCAGACGCUUCCGAGACGGCAGCAUUCUCGAGAGCGUGGUUUGGUCGACGAAAGACACGUCAACUUCCGUCCUCGAGCAAAUUGUUCUGUACAUCCUUGCCAAGCACAUCGACGGCCGCAUCUCCGAAGACGCAACCUUCACGUAUGAUUCCUUCGCUCACUUAAUUUCGUUCGGUCGUCUACAAGGGAAGUCAGGUGUUUCGGCAUUCACGCCCAUUAUGACGGCGUUUUCGCAGGUGGAAAAGGACAUCCGCGAACUGGAAGAACUCCCACUUUCUGUCCGCCAUAUACGGGCCGCUGAUGCUCAGCUACGCUACUGUUCUGUUGAUGUUCAGCAAGUCACGCCGGCCUCUAUCGUAUUGCAGUUCGAAGCAUCCGCGCGAUGGCCCGACGACCUGUGCGCCAUUCAAAGAACGAAGAUUGCUUUCCUGUUGAAGCUUUCUGAAUUGUUAUCCACGAGCCACAAAAAUUACAAGACUCAGGUGGGGCUGGAGAAUCCAUCACAGCCCUCACAGAACCAGGCAUUUCUCGAUAUCACUCUUGGGUCCGGGAAAGCAGGAGCCCCAGACUUCACAUUCCGUCUCCGUGUUCAUCACGACCGCGAAGCUACUUUGCUUGAACGACAGCUAAAGGACAAGACACUCGACGCACAAUCGCGUGAGUCAGCUGCAGUAGCGCUUGCACUCUACAACCGGGACUUCCUUCGUGUCUUGUCACACACGCAAAUGUUACAGAAUCUGUGCACACGGCACACAGCACUUUCUCCAGCCAUACGACUAACGAAGCGGUGGUUCGACUCGCACCUUCUGUCACCGCACAUCGCGCCUGAACUCGUAGAGCUUCUAGUAGUUCGGACGUUUCUGCAACACCAUCCCUGGCCCGUACCGUCAUGCGCCACCACCGGCUUCCUACGCACGCUCGCUUGGAUCAGCCGCUGGGACUGGCGUCACAGCCCCUUAAUCGUCGACUUCUCUUCCACCGCUUCAGAUGUUCCUGCCGAGUCAGGUACUUCAGGUAGCGGUCGCAUGAAGGCAGAUGAUCUUGAGAAGAUUCAAACCCGUUUUGAAGCGUGGCGUCGUAUCGACCCAGCCAUGAAUCGUGUUGUGCUCUUUGCGGCCACGAACCAGGACACGGAUGGGAAUACGUGGACGGACAGAGGUCGACCUGAGAAGGUGGUUGCUACGCGAAUGACGGGGUUGGCCAAAGCUGCUACGGCUGCCGUUCGAGCUUCCGGAGAUGCAUCUGCCGUUGACGUUAAAACUGACUCGCAGAUUACACCAGAAUCACUCUUCAUGCCUCAGCUUCAAGACUUCGACUUCGUCAUUCACAUCGUCUCAAAGUACACCCAAGCCCGCAAAAAGAAGCGCACUGAAGAGCCAAAGUUCAAGAACAUCGAGAUGCAGCAGUCGACUUCUCUAAAUAAGCCCGCGCCGCUUCCGCAGUUGUUCGCCGAGGACAUCCAGAGCAUCUACGGGGAUGCCAUACUGUGGUUCUGGGACAAUGAAAGUAUGACAAGCAUAGGGGGACUAUGGAAUCCGACCAUAGCUGCUCAGCGCACGUUCAAGGUCAAGCCGGGGUGGAAUAGUGUACCUGUUAAAGGCAAGGAGACAAAAGAAAAGGAGGGCAAGGGUGUGGACAUUGUGGCGAACAAGGAGGCUGUGUAUAAUGAGAUAAAGAGACUAGGUGGGCAGUUGAUUAGUAAGAUUGAGGUUAAUAGGUGA